CGCCUCUCUGUCUUCUCGGUUUCUUGGCUACGAGCUACGGUUCGGCUGAGGAGUUACGCAUUAGAGCUGAACAUGGACGGGCGCGGAUACGGAUCAGGGUUCUCCAGCUGGGGUGGAGGAGGAUCUUCCAACAGAGGUUCAGGCAGCUAUGACCUGUAUGGCUACAAAGACUCCAUGUCUGGCGGAGGUGGUUUUGGAGGCUAUGGGGGCAGAGGGGACCAGAUGAAGAGGGGUCUAUCCGGUGGUUCUCUUCUUUCCUCCACUGGAACGAAUGCAGAUGCUGUAAUUGCCAAAAUCAACCAGCGACUCGACAUGCUUACACAACUGGAGGGAGGCAUGAAAGGAGGGGGUCGUGGUGACCGGUUUGACCAGUAUGAGUCUUUCGACUCGCGCUCCUCCGCCCUUGGCCCCCGUGAUCUCUACAGAUCCGGUGACUAUGGUUACGGUGACUCCCGGGGCGACAUGAUGGCCCAGCGUGGAGGCAUGGGCUUCGGGGCGAUGGGCGGGGCAGGAGGGGGUGGCGGCUUUGACAGCUCAGCCUCCUACGGAUCCGCCAAAAUGCGGCAGGCUCGAGACGCCUUCUCAGGCUCCGGCUGGGGGGCAGGGCAGAGGUCCCCGCGCAGGGGCGGAGCGCCAGGGGGGCGCGGCUUUGGCCGUAGGCAAGAUCACUCCUCAGUUGGGGGUGGAGGUGGGCGGAGCGGGGGGCAAGGCCACUCCCCCUCAGGGCGAGGCAAGCUGCCGUCGCUUCUGGCCCCCCGCAUGUACCCCGACAGUGGGGCCUACCAGCCUCAGCAUGGCUCCCAGGACUAUCCUGUCCGGCACUUUGGAGGGGGCCCAAGGGUCAACCGUCAACGCACCCGCAAGAGACCCCUCAACCGACAGCAGGUGAAACCCCAGCGAGAUGGACAGAAGAAGAGGAAGCAGACUUUGUCUACGUCUGAUGAGCCAGAGUCUAAAAUGGGCAAGACCGAGACCACAGGAGACGAAAAGACAAAUAACGCAGAAGCCGCUGAGCAGAAAGACGAGAAGAAAGAAGCUGGAACUCCAGCUCCUCAGGAAUCUGAACCAGCGGCUGAAGGAGCGAGUGGUGAAUCACCUGUGAAAGAAGAAAACUCUCAGCCGAAGACGAAGCAGCCGGGAAAACAGACCCCGCCCUCCGCUUCCAAACUCAGAAAGAGGCGGGGCUUCUUUGAAAGGUCAGGGGUCAAGGUCACUGCUCAAAGGUUGACCUUUGCAUGCUCCAUCUGCAAGUUCCGCUCAUUCUACAGCGAGGAGAUGGCAGUCCAUCUGGAGAGCAAAUUCCACAAAGAUCACUUCAGGUUCCUGUCCAACCAGCUCUCAAAACCAACCACUGACUUCCUGCAGGAGUACCUGAAUAAUAAAUACAAGAAGACGGAACAGAGGGUUAAUCAGAUGGAGAACCACAGCGCUGCCAUCUGCCAGGUGUAUAAAGAACAAGACCUGACCAGAGACAUCGGUAUGGAGCACUUUAUGAAGAAAGUGGAGGCAGCUCACUGUGCAGCGUGUGAUCUCUACAUUCCCAUGCAGUAUUCACUCAUCCAGAAACACCUCAAAUCUCCUGAUCACAACUACAACCGCAAGGGUAUGAUGGAGCAGUCCAAGAGGUCCAGUCUGUCUGUGGCUCGAAGCAUCCUCAACCACAAGGUCAUCGGCAAGAAGCUGGAGAGCUACCUGAAGGGCGAAAAUCCCUUCACCGGAAACCAGGACGACCAGGACCCCGAGGACUCCAUGGUGAUGGAGGUUUCCGAGGGCGAUGCGGCCAACGAGGCCAACGAGAGCCUGAAGGAGGAGGUUAAAACUGAAGAGGCGGAGCCUGGAGUUGAAGGGGCGGAGCCAGCCCAGGAGGCCGUGGGGAACGGGGACGGACACAAGGAGGAGGAAGAGGAGGAGGAGGAGGAGAUAAAGAUGGAGGAAGGAGAAGGAGGAGAAGAGGAGAUGGGCGGGGAGGAGGAGGAGGGAGUGGAAGUGGGAGAGGAGGAGCUGAAGGGUGAAGGAGACGCUGAAGGAGACGCUGAAGGAGACGCUGAAGGAGACGCUGAAGGAGACGUCCAGCAGGGGGCAGCAGGAGACGCUGACCUGAUGUGAUCGAGUGAAUCAAAGUGAAACCCCUUUUAUUUACGGACGCUGUGGCUCAGAUCUGAUCAGGACCACCAGAAAGAGAACCUUCACUGCAGACAGCGAGAGUCUGAGACGCAGACAGAGUGUAAUGUUUCUCUUUAGAGGAGAUUUUAGAACAUUUAAUGAGAAUUUCAGCCUGUUUUUACACGUUUUGGCUUAAUUUAGAUGAGUUUAAGUUCACAGGCAGAUAAAUCACACAAUGCUGGAAGGAUGUAACAUGAUGUGCCAGCAUCACUGAAAGAGCUCAGAAUGGAUAAUCUUUCGGUUCUUAUUCCUAAAACAGUCACAGCAUGAGAAGUAUUAGUGUUGCCUACGUUCUGAGGCGUUUCACUCGCCAACAAAUGCAGUUUUUUGAGUUUUCCACACCGAUCUGAGAUCAUUUUGACCUGUUUUUCUUGUGUUACAUCACUUUUUCCUAACCUGGGACUUUAAAGGUGGAGGAUACACAUUAGUGUUCUGUUUUUCUCAGUUCUGUUAAGGUGGAACCAGCAAAAUCCUAUUAAUCCACAGCUGCCUGUUCAUUUCUUAAAGCUAUUAUAGGCUACACUCUUAAAAAUAAAUGGUACAUCAAGGGUUCUUCAGUAAAGAAAAUGGUUCUACAUAGAACCAUGAACACACAAAGAACUCUUUGCAUGAUUAAAAGGUUCUUUACAUGGCGAAAUGAUUUUGAAGAUUGAUGGGGAAUUUGUGUAGGGUUCUAUGUAGCAGCAAAAAGGGUUCUGCUAUUGUUAGUGUCAAUCUUGUGACAAUAGAAGAACCCUUUACGGUGCUAUGUAGGACCCUUUUCAAAAAGGUUCUAUAUAGAACCAUAUACAGCAGAUAGUUGGAGAAUAUGUUGUGUAUGGUUUUAUGUAACACCAAAAAGGGUUCUGCUACUGUCAUGUCAGGUGUUUAACAAUAGAACCCUUUUUGGUGCUAUAUGGAACUCUUUUCAAAAAGGUUCUAUAUAGAAUCCUGUACAACAUUCUCAGUUAAUAUGCAGAACCUCUGCACAAUUCAAAGAACCCUUUAAUUAUGCAAAAGGUAAUUGAAGAACGUGGUACCAAAGCUGAUGCUGGAGCAGCUCUCUGUCCUGUUCUCCUCAUUCUGGACCGGUCAGAUGAAGCCCUCUCCUCAGUUCCUCACCCACAGAGUCCGCUCUGCUGCGUUUGUCCCUCUCAGAGCUCGUCUGUACAUACGUAGCCUGGUUCUGGUUCCGCCUUCGGUGGAGGAGUUUCUCUGCUCUCGGACUGUUCUGUCUGGACAGGUCAUCAGCCUGUAGGUCAAUCUGAGGUUGUUCUUGUUUUCUGUUUAUGUAAAUGUGCUGAUGAGGAAUUGAAAUGAACGUUUAUGAACUGUUUCUGCUGAGAUCUGCCUUCAGCUGAGAAUAAAUGUUUGUAAAGUCA